AUGAUGCGUGGCUUUAAGCAGAAGCUGAUGAAGAAAGCUAGUAGCUCUUCAUCAGCUAAUGGGAAGAGGAAGGAAAAAGAGAAGGAGGGUGCUGUAGAUCAUAAGAAGAGCGGGACCGCGGCAGUCGCGGGCGGAAGCACGAUAGGAUCGUCUUCCGGGAACGGGGGUGGAAGCAGCAGGAGCUCGUUAGAGAAGGGGAGAAAUGGUAGUGCUCCUUCUGGGGCGAGCAAACACCACAGCGGGUCUUCGGGAAAGAGCGGUAAGAUUUCUUCAUCGUCGAAAUCCAGGAGUAGCAGUGGCAGUCAUGGCGAAAGCGCAAAGAGCGUGAGAAACGCGACGCCGACUGCAGGAUAUGUGGCAACGGAUCAGAACAGAAGCGAUAGCGGAUCAGGCAUGGCAAAUAAUGCGGCAGGCACGCCGGCGGUGAUGGUGACUAAGGACGGGUCGUCUUUAGACUCGCUGCAACGCGUGGACGAUCACCCACACAGUAGAUCGCAGCCUACACUGAUUGGGGCUGCGGCUGCGGUGCCACCGACUUCGCCAAAUCUAGGGAUCAAUGUUGAAUCGGCUCAGGAUUAUUCCGUGGCUACACGUAGCUCGACGUCCGUUUCAGCUAAUACACAGAGCGAUAGUUCGCCCCACGGUAGCCCCAUCUCUCCAUCCGGGAUAGAUAUACCCAGGUUAUCGCACUCUUUUGAGAAACUGCCUACUCCAACGAAACUGAAUGCUGAUACAGAACUAGAUAUGAUAAAGAUCCCACAGCGCCAUUCAUCUUCAAGGUUUGAGCCCUCGAGAUACGCACAGUUGACAAAACUUGCCAGCUUCGAUGACGUGUCGCCGGAAGAAACGAUCCCGUUGUUUAUUGCGAAAGUAGAUCAGUGCAAUACAAUGUUUGAUUUCAAUGAUCCCAGCUUCGAUAUACAGGGUAAAGAAAUUAAACGGAUCACUUUGCAGGAGCUUAUCGAAUUCAUAGUGACCAACAGAUUCACUUACACUCAUGAGAUGUACUCGCAUGUUGUUGCGAUGUUCAAGAUUAAUUUAUUCAGACCCAUCCCACCACCAGUGAAUCCCAUCGGAGAUAUUUAUGACCCCGACGAGGAUGAGCCCGUUAACGAGCUGGCCUGGCCCCAUAUGCAAUUGGUUUACGAGUUUUUCCUGAGGUUCGUUGAGAGUCCGGAUUUCAAUCAUCAGAUCGCGAAACAAUACAUCGAUCAAGAUUUCAUAUUGAAGCUUCUGGAACUUUUUGAUAGCGAAGAUGUUAGGGAGAGAGAUUGCUUGAAGACAACACUGCAUAGGAUAUAUGGCAAGUUCUUGAGCCUGAGAAGUUUCAUCCGUCGUUCCAUCAAUAACAUUUUUCUACAGUUCGUCUACGAGACUGAACGGUUUAACGGUGUGGCAGAACUCCUAGAGAUCCUCGGAUCAAUCAUAAACGGAUUCGCAUUACCCUUAAAGGAGGAACACAAGGUUUUCCUGGUUAGAGUGCUAAUUCCAUUGCAUAAAGUUCGCUGCCUAUCGUUGUAUCACCCACAGCUAGCAUAUUGUAUCGUCCAAUUUCUGGAGAAGGAGCCGCUGCUUACAGAAGAAGUGACUAUGGGUUUACUCCGUUAUUGGCCCAAGAUCAACUCGACGAAAGAAAUCAUGUUUUUGAACGAGAUCGAAGAUAUCUUUGAGGUUAUCGAACCAUUAGAAUUCAUAAAAGUGGAAGUACCUCUGUUUGUUCAGCUAGCCAAAUGCAUCUCAUCACCUCAUUUCCAAGUGGCUGAAAAAGUACUAAGUUAUUGGAAUAACGAAUAUUUCCUAAAUCUAUGCAUCGAGAACGCGGAGGUUAUUCUUCCUAUCAUUUUCCCAGCUUUAUACGAGCUAACUUCUCAACUAGAGCUCGAUGGUGUUAACGGCGAUGACGGAACAUCGGAUCCCUACAUGCUCGUUGAGCAGGCUAUCAACUCCGGUUCGUGGAAUAGAGCCAUACACGCAAUGGCAUUCAAGGCCCUCAAGAUCUUCUUGGAGACAAACCCUGUCCUUUACGAGAACUGUAACUCGCUUUAUCUAUCCAGCGUCAAGGAGACCCAUAAACGUAAAGUUCAGAGAGAAGAAAACUGGCAAAAAUUAGAAGAGUAUGUGAGAAAGCUUAAGAUAGGUGAGAGCAAUAAUGACUCCGAAAGAGUCCCACGAAACAGUGAUUUUAACCUUGAAGGCCAGAGCGCAGAUCAUAGUUUGGCGCAGCUAAACCCAAUCCAAUAA